ACUCAAUAGUUGUGAUGGUAUAUUGUUCAUUAUGUUUUGUUGUUCACAGUGUAAGAAUAUUGUCGCAAUAUGGAGAGAGGUCCAGAUCUCCAGUUUUUGGUAGAGUGAUUAACAGAGAACCACUUAUUCCACAAGGUGUAACUAUUGGAUAUCAUCAACGGCAUUAUGAUGUCGACAGUGUUGGCAGUGUGCAUGGAGCUGAAGCGAAAUCAACAUCGACUUACCAUAGUGCAGGUGGUAGCAACAGUAGUAGUGGCUCUCGUAGACCUUCAAAAUACCGCUAUGUGGGUGCCAAUGGCUUAGCAGUAAACGGGGCAAUUGGGAGCAACACGAGCCCUGUUAAUGUGCAAGGUAGCUUUCAACGUUUGAAAGAGCUUAUUUGGACUGAACGCGCUAAAGAACUGACACAACAGCGACGAGCAGAGGAGUUAUCCGCCCGUGCCGCCGUCCUCAAAGAGAUUGCUAAUGGCCAAAACAUUCAAUCAUCUUACAAACAUCCUGUUAAAUCCGAUUCUCCGCUAAUGGAUGAGAAUCGUAGCCCUGACCGAGAUAUAUAUCAGCACUUGAAUGAUGGUCGUAUGUCUAUCGCCACUGGACAAUCGCGUUAUAUAGAGAACAACUACAGUAACAAGAAAAAUAGUAACAGCAAUAUAAACAGCAACAAUAAUAACAGCAGUAAUAGGCGCAAAAAUUCAAGGAGUGGUUAUAAUAAUAAGCUUAAUUACAGAAGUAACGGUAAAACCACCAAAAGCAAUAAUAAAGCUACUAAUCGUAAUAACAGUGAACACAAUGACUCUUACAUGAAAUCUAGUUUCGAUGGACCAGCAAAAUCUUCGCUGCACAGCUAUAUGAUUAAAACCAAGAAUCAAAACAACAAAAAUUUUGGAAAACAAAAAUCCUUUCCAUUUUUGUCAUUUGAUAAUGCCGAAUCCUCUGCAACAACAUCGCUUACUGGCAGCUCUUUCAACGAUGAACACAGCUUGGGUAUACUGAGGUCAUAUCCAAUGCGUACGUCACAUUUUCGCGAACGCAACCGCGCUGUACUCAAAGAGGACUUACCACUUGAAAAGAACCUGGAGACUGAUUACUUCUCACGAGCGACUCGCUUGCAGCCACAAGUUGAUGUAUCAAGCAAGGAAGCAUUGCUAUUGGAGGGCAUCAUACGAGACUUAAAUGGGCACACUUCCACGUCAGUCAUUACCCCUGAAUAUAUGGAACAUUUUAUUAUGAGUAAAAGUCGCACCGAAAAAGAAGCAGCCCCUGCUAUGUUCGCGGACGUGUUUGCAUUGCCGUCGAGCCUCAAUAUAGCAUUCUCUAAAAAUACGGAAAAAGUGGCUGAUGCUUCUGUCAUUGAAGAUCCAAUAAAAACAAAUGCUUUUAUUAGUUAUGCCAAGCCACAGGUACGAAAUUCAGCAAAAGAGACUGGUGGUCCAGUGGAGCUGUAUGAAUACGGUACUCCUUACUAACUUCCGGAAAUAUCAAAUUAAAUUCAAUAUCAGGCAGUGACGUUCGAAAAUGUACCAAACAGCAUGUAUAAUACACCUGUAGAUUUGUAUAUACAUAAUGAAGGUGGCAAGAAAGAGCUAUUAGAUAUUCAAACCACUUAGGCAUACAUACGGAUACAUGUUAGUGAUUUAUGUUCAAGUAUAAGACACACGUUACUUACAUGGUACAAGAACUAUUUUACAGGGCGCAUUGAUUGCAACUCGGAGUGAAAAUACUAGAAUGCUAUAAUAAAAUCUCCAAAGCUGUUAACAUUCCCAGGUAAAAUUUUGUUUCGAAUGAAUAACAACGAUUGUCGAAAAAGGGUUUAAUGCAUACCUGUGACUUUUAUUUUUAUAAUUAUUUCGCGCAAAAUAAUUUUGUACACUUUAACAGAUUACCGAAAGGGUAGUUUUGAUCCGAUUUAUAGGACCAGUAGAAAAUUCGCCAUUGUUUGUGCAUAUUAAGCACGCCAAUCACAGAAUCACGGAAUCCAAGUUUUUUGAAAUCUCGGAAAUGUCGGGAAUAACUUGUUUUAAUCGAAAUAUUGAAUUCAAAGAAAUAAAAACUUACAUAAUUUUGAAUAAAAUAAAAGCUAUUUUGGAAGAAACUUGGUUUACUUUACUUAU